AUGAGACAGUAUCAUUUUUUAAAAGCCAGUCUGAGACGCGUUUCCGAUGAAUGUCGAAAGAACCCAGUGCAAGUUCUGACCGCAGCACUCCUUGUAUUAUCGCUUUAUGUGGGGACAGUUAUGCUUUUCUUCGGUAUGAAUUUUUGGCUUUGGUCGUUUACUCCCGGUAUCAAACGAAGCUAUUCGGUAAUGUUCAUCGCCUCUCUUUCAUGGUGUAUUCUUUUCAUUUUCACAGUCUUUAUUCAUUGGUUAUACAACUGGUUUUGGAAUCGAAAGGUGGAAAAUUACUUUUUUUGGGUAAACAGAAGGGGUGUGCUUCUUUUAUUUUUAAUUGGAGCAUUUGAUUCCCUUACCGGUCUCACCGCAUCAUAUUCAAGCAUCCACGUUCCACAGAUUCUACAAUCCGCUUUAAUAUCUACGGGUCCAAUAUGGACUUUUAUUUUAGCAUACUUUUUUUUCCCAUCCAGCCAGCCGAAGUUUAAUUUAUUUCUGCUUAUCGUUCCUAUAUUCAUUAUCGGAGGGGUCGUAUUUGCAACAAUACCCCAAGUCCUCGAUAAGUCAGGCAAGAAUUCAUAUUUUCAUCUACCGUGGAUACUUAUUUACCUUCUCGGUACCGCAUUGUUCCCGUUAUACAACGUUAUCCAAGGUCGCUUUUCACAUGAAUUUAAGGAUCAUGCUUCUUCUUUGACAUGCAAAUUAGUAAUGCUUUGUGGAGAGACAACUAUACAGUUUAUUCUAUGCAUUAUGUACUUUCCAAUUGACUUUUCACCAUUUUUUGGUAAAUGCACAUAUCCCAAGGAAUCUUGGGAUAAUUUUAUUGAAAGCCUUUCUUGCAUUUAUACAUGCAAAAAUAAUGCCAUUUAUAUGUUAAUCUAUGUUAUGGGCUUUUAUAUUCGUCAUAUUGUAUUUGCCUACCUAAACUCGUAUUCCCCAAGUGUGGCAGCCAUAACGAGCAUGCUUACACAGCCAAUAAAUGCUUUUCUUCUUUUGGUAAUACCUUCCUGGAAUGUUUAUGGUUCAAAGAAGGAUUGGCGCUGCAUAUUAGGAAGCUUUUUAUGUCUUCUUAUCGCGAUGCUAACAUUUAUGCUUUGGCAUAUAACUUUCAAGACAUUAUCAAAUGAAUCGUAUGGUGAUGAUGAGGACAUUGAAGAUGAAAAAAAUGAGGCUAAAUAA